AUGAUGGUUAAAUUCUCGUGUGCAGUGAUGCUUCUAGCUGGUAUUUUUGCCGAUUGGCUUCGAAUGCGAGGUAUCAUCAAGGUGUCCGUGGCGAAGGACGAUCCACGGCAUAAGGGAUUCGCACCACUGGAUGAUCACUUUGAAGCAGUUUAUAUCAAUCAUAUCUAUCGGAAAUCGAGUGAUGUGGUCAAUCGGCCGAUUGCUAGUGUGCCAGCUAGCGUAAUGUUAUUAAAGGAUAGGUACACUGAUGACUACGGGUGGACCCAAAAGUGA